AUGUCAGUGCACAGUAAUCUCAAAGUGUUUCACAGAGUUGACAAGUCCAGACUAGAGGUGUCAGACUGUGUUGAAGGUGUUCAAAGAUUGUUCUGCAACUCACUCAUGAUGAGGGAAAAGAGCAACAAGGGGAAAAUGCCCGCUCGGAAAUGCGACAUGUGUAGAGUAAUACAGGCCUUAUCCCAAGUUUCUCAGACGGAGUGUCUUCCAGUGUCUCGAGCUAGUGCAGUGCCAAGGUGCUGUGCUUGGACCUUGUGA